AUGAAGUCUUCAUUCAGGCCCUUUUGGAUCAGCAUUAUAAAGGAUCAGCAUUAUAAAGGAUUUCAUGUGGACGGAACUUUUACACCAACUGCAUACAACAAUAUUAUCAAUGAGUUGAAGGAGAAACGUGGAAUAGAAUUUACCAAAAGUCAUUUGAAGAAUCGAUUGAAGACACUCAAGGAACACUUCAAAGAGUCCUAUGAUUUCUUUAGAAAUGGAAAAUUGAGUGGUUUUUCUUGGAAUCCAUUCACAAAAACUUGGUGCGUUGAACCUGAAGUUUGGGAACAACUUCUACAGGAAAAACCUGAAGCUAUAAUGUGGAAGACUAAAAUGGCUUUUGGUUCGCACAUCAGAAUCAGAUUCGGAUUCGAAAUCGGAUAUCAUGGGUUUGGAAUGAGCUUAGAAGAACUUUUUGCUAAAGAUAGGGCAACAGGACAGGGUGCUAAAAUAGCGAGAGAGAAACGUAUGCGUUGGAUGAAUGAACCAAAUGGAGUGCAGUUUGAAAGUAUUAUUAAGAUUGACGACAUGCUAUCUCAAAAUGAGAUUAGUCUAGAGAAUUUCAAUAAUUCAAGCAAGGAGUUGGAUGCACAACGAUCAAAGGCUUGUAACAACAAACAAUCUCAAGGUACAACAGCAACACAAGGUAAGAAAAGAAAAGUCACAUGUGAUGAAGAAUUUGAAAGUUUGAAGGGUGCGUUUCACAACGUUGCUGAUGCACUAAGAGAAGUUAAUGCUAUUCUUGAAAAAUCUAGGCCACGAGUAUAUUCAGAGAAAGAGAUUUAUGAUGAACUUGUUAAUAUUGGAGUUGAGGCAGACCUGAUUGGUGAUUAUUAUGUGUUCCUUUGUCAAAACACCGAGAAAGUAAGAAGUUUCUUUGGGUGCCUAUCGGAAAGGAGUAGGAAUAUUUUGAACAAGCUGAUGAAUGGAUUUUAG